AUGUUGUGCUAUUUACUUUGCUAGACAUUAUUUUUGUAUACAAAAACUUGAAAUUGGCAGAGAAAGAGAUUCUUUACAAAUAUAAUCAUCACAACAUCAUGUUACGAAUAAAAGCAUUAAAUGAUAAUCAAUCAGAAUCAUCAAAUUCAUCCGAUGAUUCUGAUUAUCAAACAACAAAAGAAGCCGAAGAAGAAGAAUUAAAUGAUCUUUAUAUUAAUGCAUUGAAAUAUGCUGCAAAUGGUAAUGUUGAUGAAGCAGAAAAUCUAUUAUUACAAUUAAAAGAAGAAUUAGAAAUCGAUAAUCCACCAAAAAUUAAAGAUGCAUUCCUAUUGAAACGUUUAAAAUAUUUAACAUAUAAAAAUCUUGGCCUUUUUAAAAAUGAUCUUAAUUAUAUAUUCGAUGCAUUGGAAAUCGAUGAUACCGAUAUUAAUCUAUGGUUAACUUGUGGUAGAAAAUCUCGUGAUCAAAUGAAUUAUCUGAUGGCUAAACGUUGUUUUGAACAGGCAUUCAAUUAUAAUCCAUCAAAUUAUGUUGCCAUCGAUAAUCUUAUUGAUCUAUAUUUUAUCACCGAAAAUCUUUAUCGUUGUGUUAAUGUUUGUCUACGUGGUUUAGAAGUAAACAAUGAUUAUUUCAAAGCAAAAAUCAUAUUAAAUGAAUGUAUUCGUUUAAUGCCACCAAUAAUCAACGAUAUGAAUAAUGAACAUAAAUCAUUGAUUACCGUAGCUUUAGGUGGUGAAAGCCAUGAAUUCGAUGUGAAUGAACAAUUGAUCAAACUUGUUCCUCAAAUUAUACAGCCAUUAGAACAAUUAAAAUCGGAAUAUUUUCGCCGCUGUAAUUAUCAUGAUGAAUAUAAUCGUUCGAAUAAACGAAAAAAAUUACAAUUAAAUCUAAAUCAAAUUGAACAUUCAACAUUUGAAAAAAUUGGACAAGAAAUUAAAACAAUGUAUGAUUACAUACAACAACAACCACAAUCGAAUGUUUGUGCAACUAUUGUCAUUCAAUUUGAUGAUAAUCAUAAUAAUAAUAAUAAAAUUAAUGCUGAUAAUGAUCCAAGUCAACAUUCAACAACAACGACAAGUAAUCCAGAAAUUGAUAACGACACAUCGAUGAUGAUCGAUGGUGAAAAGUUGAAAAAUCAACAACAACAACAACAACAAACAUCGAACAAUGUUGAACAACAUAAACAAAAUGAAAAACAAUUACUUUAUGAAUAUGCAGAUAAAAGACGAUCAUCACGUGUGAAAACAAAAAGUCGAACUGUCGAUUCGGAGGAUGAACAAAAUGCAUUUGAAACAUUGUUUAAUUUGAUACCUGAAUCUAUGAAAAAUGAUAAUCUAUCAGCCAAAUCUACAACAACAUUUGAAACGGAAAAUAUUUCAAGCAAUUCGAUUAGCAUAACUGAAAAUAUGAAUAUCAAUAGAUUAAUCGAAUUGGAAGCUGUCGAAGCUUUUUAUGAAAAAUUUAAAACUUAUCAUUCACAAUCAAAUGAUAGUAUGAUGAAUAUAUUGGAUAUAAUUGAUUUUUAUUUAAUUGAAGUUUCGAAAAUUAAAAAUCUAACUAUACCACGAAUCUUUAUGACAUUGUAUAGGAUACACAGAGAACAAAAUCAACUUCCAGUCGGAAUACUGUGUCAUAUUGGUCGUGAUAUUACCAUCGAUAUGAUAUUUGUUUGUUUGGUAGCUAAUGAAAUUGAAUAUCAACGACAGGAAACAUUGUUUCUCAAAGAGAUUCUUAUUAAACUCUAUUUUCAUCUUGACAUAAAUGAAUAUCGUUGUUUUUUGAUUCGAUUUUUUGUCCUUGGUGGUUCAAAAGAAUUGAACAUCGAUUAUCUACAUUAUGCAUUGGAUUUUUGUCAAAAUGAUUCCCGAUAUUUUGCAUAUUUUGCUAUGGGUGCUCAUUUUUCUGAUAACGAACCAUCGACAAUGAAUGAAACGUUCGAAGUGAUUGCUUCAAACAAAUUACGAAUUAAUGAACAAUACAUACAAACAUUGAUCGAUAUGCAAGGUGUUUCACAAUUGAAUGAUGAUGAUCAUAAUUAUGUCGAAAUCAUACGGUUAUGUUUUACGAAAAAUGAAAGUGAACUAACUAAUGAUGAAAAACGACAACUAUACGAAGCAAUACUCAAAGCUCAAAUAUGGCAAAAAGCAAUUGAAUUUUUUGAAAAUUGGUCACAUUUUAAUGAUGAAUGUUUUGAAAUUAUCUUACGAUGUGUGACAGCAACCGAUGGUAAAAAAGGUCAAUUAACCGGUAAAUUAUUAAGAAAAAUAGUCAAAUGUGCUACCGAAGGUAAUUCAGUUUUACCCUGGCUCAUAUUGAAUGCAACUCUUGUUGAAGCGAUUGGAAAAUCCGCGGACGAUGAUUCAUCAUCGUCAUUGAUAAAAUUCUUUAAAAUGGGCCAUAAUAUUCUUGGUCGUCGAGGCCUCUGUAUUGAUCGUGAUGGACAAUUUCUUUUGGCUGCUCAAAAAGUUUUCACUGAUAAUGAUAUCGAUGAAGAAGCGCUUCUUUGUUUCUCUUGUUUGUUUAAUUUUCCACCACAAAAAAAUCUUUCACCACAAGAAUGUCAUACAUCGGCACAUAUUGGUCUCAAAUGGGAACAUUGUCCUGAUAUUUAUCUAUAUUUUGUUCCUGAUUUAAUGCCCGAAUUCGAUAGUAAUGCACGACAAACGGGUAUUACAUUUGAAACUAAAGAAUUUUUUCUAAAAAUUCUCAGUCUAAUACCAGAAGAAGAAAAGCCCAAACGUACGCUUGAGAUUAACAAUUACAUUAAACGUGGUACACCAUUAUUUGGAGCGAUCACGACAGAAACGAAUACCGUAACAUCGACAUUGUACUAUUUGUUGGCUGACCAUUAUUUUAAGACCAAAGAUUUUGCAAAAGCUAAAUAUUUCUACAUCAAUGAUCUUUCUUUGAAUGUUGAUCGAUUUGAUUCAUGGGCCGGAUUGGCAUUAUCCAUUAAUUAUCAAGUGGAUCAGAUGCUCAUCGAAGGUAUCACUACUAAUGGCGAGAAAUUUCAUCAGACAGCAUAUUCAGCAAUCAAAUGUUUUGAACAGGCCCUACGUCUUCAACCGGAUAAUAGUAAAUUAUGGAUCGAAUAUGGUAUACUAUGUUAUAAUGUAGCAAGUAAUUGGUCACGAUUAAGGAAAAGAAUUACGGUUUUUGGUGAUAAUCAUCCGGAAUUGAUUAUAAGUGAAAAUAAUUUCUUCCAAUAUGAAGAUGUUUUGGAAAAAGCAAAACAAUGUUUUGAAAGAAUAACCGAUCCAGAUAUUAAUAAUGAAGAAUCAUGGUUAUCAUAUUAUAUGUUGGGUAAGGUGGCCGAAAAAACCAAAUGUGAUCUAUUGAUUAUUCUACAGUAUUAUGAAUGGGCAUACCUAAAUCUCUAUCUGGAUGGUGCUACAUAUCCGAAAAAGAUAAAUUAUUAUUCACCAUCAUAUCUAUCGAUUGAAGCACUAGAAAUUCAUUAUCGUAUCCAUUCUUGUAUAUUAAAAUAUCUAUUGAAUAAUAGAAAAUUUACCGCACGAAUGUUACGACAAUUAAAAUAUCAUUUAAUCAAAGUGAAUAAAUCACCAUUUGUACUUAGAAAAAUUUUUAGUUCAUCAUCGGCAGCGAAAAAACAACAAACAUCGAAUGGUUCGAAAAAUUCACAAACAAAUUCAAAUGAUUCUCGGCCAACAACAAUGAUGAUCAGAGAAGAUGAACGACAGAUUAUGCCCAUUUUAACUGAUAUAAUUGGUAUGGUUGCUGAACGUAAAGUAAAAUUCGAUGCUAAUCAUUAUCGAAAUGAAUUGAUUAAAAUGUGCUUACAAGGAAUUAAAAAAUGUUUGGCACGUUAUAAUGCUCAUUAUAAAUCAUACUAUCGAUUAGCAUAUUAUUAUUAUUCAAUGCGAGAUUAUUAUACAGCCAAAUCGAUAAUGUUUGGUGGGUCGGAAAACAAAUCGAAUAAUUUAUUACGAUUCGAAAUCGAUCCAGAUAAACCGAAUUCAAAUCCAGGCUAUAUAAAUGGAUUGUUUAUUGAUCAUAAAUCGGCAAAUCUUUACAAUGGAAUCUGGUGUAUACCAGUGGAUGAAAUUGAACGUGCCGGAAAUUUUAAUGCCCACAUGUUCCGUUGUACGAAUCUAAUGAUUGAUAUUUGUACGAAAACUGAAGAUUAUAAUCAAUUAAGUAAAAUUGCCAUUGGUUUGUAUAAGAAACCGGAUCCGGAUAAGAAAUAUGUUAAUCAUAAUGAACGAUUAUUAUUAUCACGAAAAGCAUUCGAUAAUUGUUUCGCUAUAUUGGAACAGAAAAUUAUUGAUGCUCAUAAUGCUUGUUUACCGGUUAACAUUGGGACUAUUAUUGUAGAGAUACGUCGAAUUGCUCAAUCAAUGGAAAAAUUCAAUACAUUUCCCAAUGAAACACAACAAAAAUGUCAACAAAUUGGUCAAUAUUUAGAAAACUCAACAACAACAACAACUCAGCAACAACAACAACAACAAUAACAAAAAUGAUUAUCAAUCAAUCAAUAAU